UCCGUUUCCGCCCCUCCUUCCCUCUCUCGAUGGUUCUUCCCACUCUGUGAAGGUCAGCCGACUGAGCAUGCCUGAAUGGGGCUCGCCAGCUCCCCCGAGAGCCCAGGAUGAGCGCUUGGCUGAGCCCAUUCACAGGCACCCAGCGGGGACUCCUUGCACCAUGCGCCGCAGGAGCCCGUGAAGCGCAGCCUCCUCCUCCUCCGCCGUCUCCUUCGCCUGGCAAGCUAAAGAAAAAGUCCCAGUCUAUUGAUAUUUCUGGAUCCGGUUAUGAACCUCUGGCACCAGCAGCACAACAUGCAAUACAACCAACCAAACCAGCACCUGUUACCAAUACAACUACUUCUGAAGAGGAGCAGAACAACACAGCAAACACCCAACGGCGCAAUCCACGGAGGGGUGAGCUGAAGAGAUACUACACCAUUGAUACCGGGCAGAAGAAGACCCUCGACAAGAAGGAUGGGAGACGAAUGUCUUUUCAAAAGCCUAAAGGGACUAUAGAAUACACAGUUGAGUCAAGAGAUUCUUUGAAUACCGUUGCCUUGAAGUUUGAUACAACCCCCAACGAAUUGGUUCAGUUAAACAAGCUGUUUUCCAGAGCAGUUGUUCCUGGACAGAUUUUAUAUGUUCCUGAUCCAGAAUACCUUUCCAGUGUGGAGAGUUCUCCUUCUCUUAGUCCUGUAAGUCCUUUGUCACCUACAUCUUCAGAAGCGGAAGUUGAGAAGACAGCUGUAAGCGAUUCAGAUGGCGUACACUGGAAAGAAGCAACAGCCACACCAACUUACACUUGUGUUCGGCCUGCAAGAGUGGUUUCCUCCACUUCAGAGGAAGAAGAAGCUUUCACAGAGAAAUUUCUCAAAAUCAAUUGUAAAUACAUAACUAACAACAAGGGAACAGUCAACGGUGUGCUGCUAGUGACUCCAAAUAAUAUAAUGUUUGAUCCACAUAAAACGGAUCCAUUGGUUCAAGAGAAUGGCUGUGAAGACUAUGGCAUCAUGUGUCCAAUGGAAGAAGUGAUGUCAGCUGCUAUGUAUAAAGAUAUUGUAGACGUCAAAAUAAAGGAUUCGUUACCCAUUGAUGUAGAUCAGUUAUCUAUGAAAGACAUCUGCCACUUAAAGAAAAUUAAUAGAAGCAGUACUGAUGAAAUGGACUCAAGGAUGCGGGAUACAGGGAAUGAUAGUGUCAGCACUGCUCCAAGGAGCACAGAGGAAUCUCUUUCAGAAGACGUGUUUACUGAAUCAGAACUCUCUCCAAUACGGGAGGAGCUUGUUUCUUCUGAUGAGCUUCGACAAGACAAAUCUUCUGGAGCCUCAUUGGAUUCUGUUCAGACAGUGAACCAGCCUGGCACAGAACAUGUUACAAUUAUUACAGACUCAGCUACUGUCCCCGGCUAUGUAAGUACCACUGUAGAACAGCCAUUGAAUGAGGGCAGUAAGUCCUUAAGCGAUACUGUGAGUCCAGAAGUAGCACAGACAGCAUUGGAAGAUGCACAGGUUACAAUAAAAGAAGCUGCUGAUGCUCAAGCACAAUCUGAUACAAAUGUAAAGCCCAGCACAGAUCAGAAAUCUGUGAUGGAAAGUGCACCUGAAGGUGAGGAGUGUUUGCGUUCUGAAGAAAAUGACUCUGAAGGAGAUAUUGCACAUAAAGACAACCUUGUAAAAGAGCCAACUCGAGAUUCUGAGACAGAUAUUGAGACACUACGUAAACUUUGGAAGAGCCAUACUAUGCAACAAACCAAACAACAAAGGGAUAACAUGCAUCAGGAUACACAUAAAGAAAUGAAACACAAAGUGGCAACAGCAGAUGGAACACUGGAAGGUUCUCUAAUGAAAGAGAAGAGGAGACAUCGGUUACACAAGUUUUUGUGUCUCAGAGUUGGCAAGCCAAUGCGAAAAACAUUUGUAUCACAGGCCAGUGCAUCAAUGCAGCAGUAUGCACAGAGGGAUAAGAAACAUGAGUACUGGUUUGCUGUGCCACAGGAGAGGACUGAGCAUCUAUAUUCCUUUUUUGUUCAGUGGAGCCCAGAAAUCUAUGCAGAAGAUACUGGAGAAACAAGUAGAGAGCCAGGAUUUAUUGUAGUAAAACAAAUAGACUCUGAAGCUGGUGAGGAUUCAGUCAAUGAAGCAACAGCUAAGGAGUGGGAGGUAGUAUCAGUGGCUGAGUAUCACCGCAGGAUCGAUGCUCUAAAUAGUGAAGAACUACGCACACUCUGCAGACGUCUCAAGAUCACCACAAGAGAAGAUAUACAUUCAAAGCAGGGAACAACUGUCAAGACGGAACUGGAGCCUGAGGCAUUUCGUCCAAAUCUUAGUGAUCCCAGUGAAUUGCUGCAACUGGAACAAAUUGAAAAGCUGACAAAAUACCUUCCACCUCGAACUAUUGGCUAUCCAUGGACUCUUGUCUACAGCACCGCAAAGCAUGGAAUGAGUUUAAAGACAUUAUACAGAACGAUGAUGGGCCUAGACACCCCAGUACUAAUGGUUAUCAAAGACAGUGAUGGACAGAUCUUUGGUGCAUUAGCUUCAGAGCCCUUUAAAGUCAGUGAUGGUUUUUAUGGCACUGGAGAAACCUUUCUUUUUACCUUCUGUCCAGAAUUUGAGGUCUUCAAGUGGACGGGAGACAACAUGUUCUUUCUCAAAGGAGACAUGGAUGCCUUAGCUUUUGGUGGUGGAGGAGGCGAAUUUGCACUGUGGCUUGAUGGGGAUCUCUAUCAUGGAAGAAGUCAUUCUUGUAAAACAUUUGGGAAUCGCACUCUUUCUAAGAAAGAAGACUUCAUUAUACAAGACAUUGAAAUUUGGGGCUUUGAAUAAAUAAAAACUGCCAUUAUGAAAGGUUGUCCCAAACCUGACACUGAUCAAUGCAGCUCAAAAGCCCUUGAAGCAAUAUAAUGCAGCAUAUUUGUUUUGCAGUAUGCCUUUUGAAAUUCUCUGCAUGGCCAUCUUUAUUUUUACAUGAAACUGCAUUGGGGUCGGAACUGUCCAUUAAGAGUCUUUUUUUCUUUCUUUCAUCUACCUGCUAUAUUUUGAAUCCUACCAUACUCUCAAAUCAUAAUUGAUUGUUUUUUUUUAUAGGGGACACAGGUCUGAGUUGUCAUGUAGCUCUCACUCUUCUUGUUUCUUUUCAUCUCCACCAGUUCAGAGCUUAUACUUCUUUUUUGGGCUAUUUCAUUGAGACAAUAAAAAUGAUACAAAUCCUAUUGGAUAAUUCCUCUGUUGGCCCAAAAAUGGGGCGGGGGGUGGGGGGAGAGAGAUUCAGAAUUUGUUGGCACUGAUUAGUCUGGACUAUUGUUUCUAGCAGUCAAAUGGUGUCACUUACCAGACAGGAAAAAUUCAUAUGCAUUCAGCAGUGCCACUUUCUUCAUGUAGAGAAUUCACAUCUGUUGCAUUUUACAGUUGAAACAUAGCUGCCCUAUUGAUUGUAUUGAAGUAUUUUGCACAUGCUGUUAAAUGAUCUGCAGGCUUGGGACAAAGACUGGUCAAGAUACAUAAAAAAAGCAUCAGACCAUUGGACAAAGUGAGCAUAAUGCAACGAGUAAUUCAUAGUUGUAGCAGGGCAUUAUAUGUACCAAGACUAUGAAACAGAUUCAUUUUUUCCAAAUAGCAUAUAAGAUGUCUGAUAUAUAUACUGUUUUAUAGUUCUGUUGUAGCCUUGUAUCACAUCAUCUCCAAUAAUUGCUCCUGUCCAAAAAAAGAAAAAAAAAUAGGUGUGAUGUUUUCUCUUCUUUUGAGUGGAUCUAUGUUGUAAACUGCAGUUAGCACCAGCUCUGAUGCAAUGGGGUAAUGUUCUCUAGAUAGACAUCGUAGAUGUGUAAUAUGCAAACUUACUGUUCUGUGACCUCAAGACAAAAAAAAACCUUAAAAAGAUAAAAGACAGGUUAUAAUAUAGUAAAUCAGUAGCUCUUGUCCACUUUUGUAGGGAAACUGAAAAGCCAUUGUGGCAAUAAUCAUUCAACAGUUUAUUUCAAAGCUUAUAUUCUAUGUUUAUGCAAAACAAAAAAAUAAAAAAUGCUGUUAAGUGUGACAGUGAAUGAAUUUGUGCUGAAAUCUCAGCUUUUCCAGAUGAACAUUGUAUAUAUACCUUGUAAAUUAAUGUUUAAAGUAGUUUUUGUUAUUUUAGGAGGGAAAAAGUCUUGAUUGACGGGUUGCUUCUAGCACUUUAAAAUUAUUCUAGAAAUGGAAUAAAAAGCCAAAUGGCUUGGCUUAAAUAACUAACUAUAAUUGUAUAGUAUGUUGCUAAUACCAAGUUGUUUCAGAAGUUUGAACACUUACCAAAAGAAUGCUUAAUGCUGUGUAAUGGGAAAGAAGAUGUUCUCUCUCUAUAAUAUGCUCAUGCUCAAUAUGGCUAAAACACAGCAUUGUUUUCUGUCUCAUUGUAUAGCUCUACUCCUGUUAGAAUCUAGUACAGUAUAUGUAGAUUCAGUGUUUACAAACAAAAGGAACUGUAAAUAAAUUAAACAUGGCUUUUCUCCCC